UUGUCAAUUCAAUUAAAUGACUCGUAGUUAAUGAAAAUUGAUCAUUUUCUCGGAUCACCCCAAAACAUCCUUCCACUGAAAUUGUUUUCCACUUACUGUUAACACUCUUCCCCGUACUUCCUUCUCCACAACCAGAAUCAUCCAAAAAAACUCUCCUUUCUGCAAAUGGCCGAGGCUUUGCUGGGAAUUGUAAUUCAAAACUUGCAAUCUCUUGGCCGAGACCAACUUUCAUCGUGUUGGGGUGUUGACCAACAGACUCAAAAGCUUUCCAGCAAUCUCACUGCAAUUCGUGCUGUCCUCAGAGAUGCAGAGAGAAAGCAAAUAACAAGCCAUGCUGUGAAGGAUUGGCUGCAGAAACUCACAGAUGCAGCAUAUGUGCUGGAUGAUAUCUUGGAUGAAUGUUCAAUUCACUCCACAAAGAUGCAUUCUCUUGAUGGUCAUACUUCAUGCCUAUCCCGUCUCCAUCCUAAGGACAUUCUCUUUCGUUUUCAUAUUGGAAAGAGGAUGAAAGACAUCACCCAAAGGUUUGAUGUCAUUCAUGAAGAGAGACGCUCGCUUGGAUUGUGUGUCGGUGUCACAGAGAAGCAAGUAGUGGAUGAUGAUGAUGAUUGGCGCCAAACUACCUCUGUCAUUACCGAACCCAUAUUCUGUGGCAGAGACCGGGAUCGAGAGGAAAUUGUGAAGUUUCUCUUGGAAGAGGCUAGUAACAGUGAAGACCUCAACAUUUAUCCCAUAGUUGGUAUGGGUGGACUUGGGAAAACAACUCUUGCCAAGCAGGUCUUCAAUGAUCACAGGGUAUGCAAACAUUUUGACUUGACAAUUUGGGUGUAUGUUUCUGUUGAUUUCAAUAUGAAGGAAAUUCUGCAAUCCAUCAUAGAAUAUGUCACUGGACAAAACCCCAAUUUCCAAUCUUUAGAAACAAUGCGGAAAAAGAUUGAAGAAGUGUUGUGCAACAAGAGAUAUUUACUUGUUCUUGAUGAUGUGUGGAAUGAAGACCAAGAACAAUGGAAGCAUUUGAAGGGGAUGUUACAGUGUGCAAGGGGAGCAAAAGGAGCUACCGUUUUGGUCACAACUCGACUGGAGGAAUGUGCUUCCACCAUGGAGACACAUCAUGCGCACCAUUUGAAAGAAUUGUCAGGAGAAGACAGUUGGUCAUUGUUCAAAAGCUUUGCGUUUGGACCAAACAGAGAAGAGAGAGAAGAGCUUGUGGCAAUCGGCAAAGAAAUAAUGAAAAAAUGCGUUGGUUCUCCGCUUGCAAUCAAAACACUGGGAAGCAUUCUGCGUCAUCAAAAUGAGGUAACACAAUGGGAAAAUGUAAAAGAAAGUGAGAUUUGGGAUAUCCGGGAGGAAAGUAGUUUAAUGACCGGUGAGGAAAAUGCUAUUAUGCGUGUUUUGAAACUAAGCUACUUUAAUCUGGAGUUGUCGUUGAGGAGAUGCUUUUCUUUCUGUGCAAUCUUUCCCAAAGGCUUUCAAAUUGUGAAGGAAGAAUUAAUUCAUUUUUGGAUGGCUAAUGAAUUUAUUAAAUGUGAAGGAAGUGUGGGAGUAGAGGAUGUGGGUAAUUAUGUGUGGAGAAAAUUAUACUCUAGAUCAUUUUUUCAAGAAGCAAAGUUUGAUGAGUUUGGGAUGAUUAUAAGUUUCAAGAUGCAUGACCUAUUUCAUGAUCUUGCACAAUUUGUUAUGGGCGAAGAAUGUGUGGUUAUUGAGACAGGGAGAUUUACUGAGUUGUCUGCUAGAGUUCACCAUUUGCGAUUGUUAAAUUAUGAUGUUCCCGUCGAUAUGUCUGCUUUCAAGAAAAUUGAAUCCAUGCGGACUAUUCUGGGUUAUGGUAAUUUUAGUCAGUUGCCAUCAAACCAUGGUGUACGAGCAUUAUGCACAAAAUCUUUUCCAAGGAUUCCACUGAAUGAUUUAGUACAUUUGAGAUACUUGAGUAUGCGUGGCCGUUUGGGGGCAAGUGUGCUUAAUUCAAUUUGUGGGUUGCCGAAAUUGCAAAUAUUGAAACUGAAAUCUUGUACCGAUGUUGAGCUACCCAAAAACUUGACACAAUUACAGGAUUUAAGACAUGUUUUGAUUGAUGAUUGUGCUUCAAUAGCAGAAAUGCCUCCGAAUAUUAGCAAGUUAAGGCAUCUAAGAACACUCAGCAUUUUCGUUGUGGGUUCAAAGCCAGGGUGCGGGUUAGCAGAGUUGCACAGCUUAAAACUGGGAGGCGCGCUGAGAAUCAGAGGCCUAAACAACGUCCCCAGUGAAUGGGAUGCUAAACAAGCAAAUCUGAUUGGUAAGAAGGAGUUGAAUAUCCUGCACUUGUCAUGGGAUGGUAGUGCUAAUUCAAAAAGUAGUAAUGUUAGUGUGGAGAGAGUACUGGAAGCCCUGGAACCUCCGUCAACUCUGAAGAGUUUUGAGAUGAAUGGAUAUGAGGGAAAACAGCUAUCCAGUUGGAUGAGAAGUUCCAUAGUUUUGAGAGACUUGGUGAAAGUUAAGCUCUGGAACUGUGGAAACUGUGAGGAGCUUCCCCCAUUUGGUAAACUACCACACCUGAAAAGGCUAGAACUGAGUGGAAUGAAAAAUGUGAAGUGCAUAGAUGGUGAGACGUAUGACGGUGCGGAGGAGAUGGCAUUUCCAUCGUUGGAGGAAUUGAGUGUGUAUUAUUUACCGAAUUUGGAGAGGUUGUUGAGGGAUGAAGGAGUAGAGAUGCUCCCUCGUCUUUCCCAAUUAACAAUUAAAAAGGUCUCCAACUUUAAAUUCCCACGUCUUCCUUCUGUUGAGAAACUUUAUGUUGAAAGCAUUGACGAUGUGGAAAGGGUUGUGGGGAAUACGCCUUGUCUAAAGACCCUGAAUAUUGUCUCGAUUAAAGGAGUAAAGACACUACCUGACAAACUCGGCAUGCUGAAUGCAUUAGAGGUCCUUUACAUUGAUGAUUGGUAUGAUUUGAAGUAUUUUCCAGAACAUGUCUUGGAAGGUCUAACUUCUCUUCGAAUCUUACGUAUUUAUAGCUGUGAGAAAUUAAAAUCCUUGUCUGAAGGUGUUCGACAUUUGGCAUGUCUUCAGCGUUUGAUAAUCUGCGGUUGUCCAGAGCUGGUGGCUCUACCAAACAAUAUGAGCCAACUAACUGCCCUUCAGCACGUGUCAAUCAUUUUCUCCACAUUACCAGAUGGCUUACAACGUGUCCCCUCCCUACGUUCUUUGUAUAUAUCCGAUUGCAAGUCUACUUCAUUGCCGGACUGGCUGGGAGACAUCACUUCCCUUCAAGAAUUAGACAUUUGGUAUUGUAAGGAGUUGAGGUCACUGCCGAGUAGCAUUCAACGCCUCACCAACUUGUCUUCUUUAAGUAUAAGCAACUGUCCUUAUCUGAAGAAGCGGUGCAAUAGGGAAACAGGAAAGGAUUGGCAAUACAUAAACCACAUUCCAAAUAUAAAAUGCGAAUAAACAUUUUGAGGGCUCGUUAACGAAAGAUUGAAAUGGAUAGACACUCGUACGAUAGAAGAGGGAAGAGGUUGACGUCUGUUUAUCUGAAUAUGGCUCAUUGUUGUAAAUAUGGUUGAGUAAUAAGUUGGAACUUUGACUGUAAUUCUUUUAAACUAUCAUUGUGUAAUUUUUAAUAUAGUAAUCUUCAGUAAGAUCAUAUGUCAUGCCAUAACCUCUGACUUUGUAAUGUUAACUGUUGUGUCGGUAUUCAAAUCAUGAUGUUUGGAAGCUUGUUCUC